AAACAAACCACGCGGAGCUGGUGAAGAACCGUCCCUGUACAGAAGUCAAGAAGAAGAAGAAGUGGAUGUCUGAGGAGCCAAGAAAUUCACCCAAUACAGUAACAGGCAAAGGAAUUCACACUUCAGACCCCAAAGUAAAACCAAGUUACCAACAAAGGGGUCAAAGUCAGGGUGAUCAAACUGCUGCUUCUCUUCCUUACGUCAGAGAAGCUGGAAGAAAGACUGACUUCAAUUCUUCAGAACCUCGAAGAUCAGCAUAUGUCGUCUACCGUACUGUCACCGUCAACCAAGAACCAAAGUUCAAUGGAUCUACAGCAGCACCUGAGCCAUAUGGCCAGAAAUGCUCCAAACAAAAGAAUCAGCUUGACACAAACAGAAGAUUUUGGACCCAAACCGAAAACUAUGACAAAUAUACUUCAGGAUCUUACAAUGCACCGACUUGGAGGAAACGAAAAUCACGUGCAAAAACGUUCUCUAAAACAACCGUUCAGCAGAGCCAGGAAGACAUGGAAGUGAACAGAAAGGGAGAACGAUACGUAGACAGGAGAAAGAGAUGA